AUGGCUCGCGGAGAUACUACCACACGAACGUAUCGCGAUGAUGAAAAUGACGCCGUCAGUCAAAUGUCCAGUCCGAUGAGUCUGGAGGAGCUAGAGCUUCAGCGGCAAGUACAUCGACGUACUGCAUCGCAGCACUGGUGGAAGAGAUUGAACUGGUGCGGGUUAUUAUCGCGUCGACCUGGUGAAACCGAAGCCCACCGAAGGGAAAGGAGAAGACGUUGUGUUAUUCGGUUUGGAAUCAUUGCUGUUAUAUUGACCAUCUUCGGUGCUAUUGCUGGAGGUGUUUACAUCACAUUUGUGUCUAUACUACUGAAGCGGCUCGCUCCUUCCAUCAAGCACAGUGGCCUCCAGCACAUCGUCGAUACCUGGCAAGAGCCGCACGCAGCCAAGGCAUUCCAAUUCGACUGGAGAGAUGACUUCAGCCGUGACAUUGUACCCAAGAGCUGCCACUCCCACAACGAUUACUGGCGCUCUGUUCCCCUCUAUGCUGCCCUCGCCGCGGGAUGUACCAGUAUCGAAGCAGACAUCUGGUUAACAGAAGAUGGCGAACUGCGAGUCAGUCAUUCUUGGGAGUCUACGACCAGCGACCGAACGUUGAAGAGCUUAUACAUCGACCCACUUCUGAAUAUCCUCGAACAGCGAAACGCAACAACAGCCUCAGAGCCAGACAAAAAGACUGGCAUCUUCGACAUGGACCCAAGCGCAACCACCGUCCUACUCAUCGACUUCAAAUCCGACCCGGCAGCAACAUGGCCAGUCCUUCUCUCGCAACUCGCAGCCCUCCGAUCCAAAGAUUGGGUGACGUACUACGACGGAUCAACCCUGCACACAGGCCCCCUUACCAUUGUCGGCACGGGAAACGCCCCCUUCGACCUCAUCCAGUCCAUGACAAACCGGUACAUCUUCUUCGAUGCGCCCCUCCUCUCCGUCUCAGAUACGAAGUACAACACCACGAAUUCUUACUACGCCUCCGCCGCCCUCAGCGACGCAGUAGGCAAGCUGUGGUUCGCAAGCAUGUCGUCAAAACAAGUUGGAACAGUCAAGCAGCAGGUCGAAGCAGCGGAGGCGAAAGGGUUAAAGAGUCGGUACUGGGGUACUCCGAGCUGGCCGAUCGGGAAGAGAGAUGAGAUUUGGGAGACGUUGAUGGGGCUGGGUGUUGGGGUGCUGAAUGUGGAUGAUUUGGUCAGUGCGACGAUGUGGAAUUGGGGCUUUUGUGUUGUGGCUGGUAUUGCGCUUUGCGGGAAUAGCUAG